CGCAGGGCGGGGAGCGGCCGGGCCCUGAGCGGGGCCGCAGCUGGGACGGCGCCGCCUGCCCCCGGCCGCGCAGCCAUGGGCUCGGGCUGGAGCAGCGAGGACGAGCGGCAGCCGCUGCUGGGGCCCGCGCCGCCCGCCGCCGGCACCCCGGGGCCCGGGCGGGUGUACGCGCGGCGCUGGCUGGUGCUGCUACUCUUCUCGCUGCUGGGCUUCGCGCAGGGCCUGGUAUGGAACACCUGGGGCCCCAUCCAGAACUCGGCGCGCCAGGCCUACGGCUUCUCCAGCUGGGACAUCGCGCUGCUAGUGCUCUGGGGGCCCAUCGGCUUCCUGCCCUGCUUCGCCUUCAUGUGGCUCCUGGACAAGCGAGGUCUGCGGGUCACGGUGCUUCUGACGUCCUUCCUCAUGGUCCUAGGGACCGGCCUGAGAUGCAUACCCAUUUCAGACUUGAUGCUCAAAAGAAGACUGAUCCAUGGAGGACAGCUGUUAAAUGGAUUGGCAGGGCCCACUGUUAUGAAUGCAGCUCCCUUCCUCUCUACGACAUGGUUUUCUGCCGACGAACGUGCCACGGCCACAGCCAUUGCCUCCAUGCUCAGCUAUCUCGGUGGGGCAUGUGCAUUUCUGGUUGGGCCACUUGUUGUUCCAGCUCCAAAUGGGACGUCACCACUUCUUGCUUCAGAGAGUAGCAGGGCACACAUUAAAGAUCUCAUAGAGACUGUAUUAUACGCAGAAUUUGGAGUUGUCUGCUUGCUAUUUUCUGCGACACUAACUUAUUUCCCAUCCCGGCCUCCUCUUCCUCCCAGCGUUGCAGCAGCUAGUCAGAGGUUGAGUUAUCGGCGGAGCUUUUGCAGAUUAUUAAGCAAUUUGAGGUUUCUGAUGAUUGCUUUAGCGUAUGCCAUACCACUGGGUGUAUUUGCCGGCUGGUCAGGAGUUCUGGAUUUGAUUUUAACACCGGUGCAUGUCAGUCAAGUAGAUGCUGGCUGGAUUGGAUUUUGGUCCAUAGUUGGAGGCUGCAUUGUUGGAAUAGCUAUAGCAAGGUUUGCAGAUUUUAUCAGGGGUAUGCUGAAACUAAUCCUUCUCCUCCUGUUUUCUGGGGCUACGUUGUCAUCCACAUGGUUUACCCUGACCUGUUUGAACAGCAUCACACACCUACCUUUAACCACAGUGACCCUGUACACAUCCUGCAUCCUCCUGGGAGUGUUCCUCAACAGCAGCAUACCUAUAUUUUUCGAGCUUUUUGUGGAAACCGUCUACCCAGUUCCAGAAGGAAUUACUUGUGGAGUUGUCACGUUUUUAAGUAAUAUGUUCAUGGGAGUUCUUUUAUUCUUCCUCACAUUUUACCAUACAGAGCUGUCUUGGUUCAACUGGUGCCUUUCCGGUUCAUGCUUGCUCAGCCUCCUCCUCAUCCUGUGCUUCAGGGAAUCCUACGACAGACUCUAUCUUGAUGUGGUUGUGUCGGUUUAAUAGCACAGACUUGGAGUUUCACAGGAGACCAGAAAUCAAUACUGCGAACUGCACAUUUACUUGGGAUUGCACAUCAAACACAACGAGGAACGAAGAGGAGAGAAGCAUCUUUCAAUGAUCACAUCCAUGUAAUUGCUUCCAAGAAACCAUAAUGAGGGACUUGAGUGAUAAUAGGGGAUUUUUUAACUCCAGAAGUGGCAUACCUGUGCCUGAUUUCGGGGCUUGGUGUUGUGAUGUUUUACACAGAAAUCACUACCUAAAUAAUACCUUCUGUGUUUUGUGCCAGUGUUCAACUACUGAUUAGAAAGUUGUAUUUAUGAAAGGAAAUAAAGGGUGUCUAAGAUAUGAAGACAAUGCCUUCCCUUAGUCACAGAACAGAAUUGGAGGAAAUGCCACUAACUUCUAAAGAAGUCUAAACCCCUAUAGAUUUUAAUUCUAAAGUAGCCCAGAGGCAGAUCUAUGUUGAGAUUGGCCACCUGUACACUACAUUUUUCUAAUAAAGCCAUUUCUUAUAUGACUCCUUAUUUCUGAUUCGGUCAGAACUCUCUGGCCUUCUUUAUUCUGGUGAACAAGUGCUUUCCAGGGACUUGAAGGCACGCUCUUCGUGUCUCAGUCUUAGCUUAACCUUGUUUUUGUGAAGUGCAGUUUCCUCUAUUAGGAUCUUAAAUAGUUAUAUUAAAGGUGACUAAAUGUUUAAUAUAGUUGUAUUCAGUAUUGUAUAAACAAUGUAAUUCUGUUCUGAUUUAGCACUUUGUUAAAAGUGAAAUGAUACAUCACAUAGACUGUGUCUUUAUCCUCUAUAUAUGUAUAUAUACAUAUAUAUGUAAUUAUAUAAUGGCAUGGGAUGUGAAGUCCAGGGCCAGCUAUUAUUUACCAGGGUUACAUUUUAUUUAAAUGACCCUUGUUUGAAAAUAAUUUAUAAAAUUGAAACUUUGAAAUCUGUGGAGUAAUUUCUGAAUUAUCUUCUUGUAUUUCAAUUCAGGUUGUAAAAUAUUCAAUUCUAUGUGGAGUCAAUAUAUUUGAGAGAGCAGUAUUUUGCUGAUACUCUGUUUUUUUUCUAUAAGUGAUAACUCCUUUUUUUAAAAAAUAACAGUUAUUCAUUAGACAGUUCUCAGGAAUGUAUUUCACCAUGAUGUAAAGUAUGCUGGCUGUGAUCAGUUAAUUGUAAACACAACUGCACUCGGACCAGCCAAGAGAGUCUCUUGCCCGAACGCCUGUCUUCCCCGGGGCCCCUCGGAGGGGAUGGGCUCCAGCUUCCCUCCCCACCCUGAGCAGAGCUCCCCGGUGGCCGAAGACCACUGGAACCUAGCUAUAGCCAUGCUGGAGGCCCCUCUCCACACGUUUGGACAGGCCUCAUGCAUGAAGGUACCAGCAGAGGAACCCAGGUAUGUGUGAUCCCAUCAACGGCCAACAUCCAGAGAGAGACUUAAAAGCAAGCUCUCAGAAGAUAUCUUUAGCCUUCUCCCUCUGGGAGAAACUGGCAAUCUUCUGAGAGUUUCCUGUCCACAUGGGACAGCCUUGCAAGCUUCCCAUGGUGUAUUCAUAUGCAAAAUCCAGUAACAAGCUGUAUCUCAUUCCCCUGACCCUGAAGAGCCCCCAGUGCAACAUCGUUAGGAGGGCUGAGUCGAGAUGGACUUCUAAGAUCUCAGGGAAAGGACGAAAUGAGAUGUUACUGAGCCCGCCCAAGAAAUCAGUGAUUAAUGGGAUUUCGUGAUUGUGAUCGUAAAGUAUGCUGUCGUGUGAUUAUGGCAUUACCACUGUUCCACCAUUUACCUAAUUCCCCUCAUGCAGAAAAAUACACUUUCUCAGAUUGUAAAGAAUAGGGGUUCGUUAACCUCAGCUCUCUCUAACUCCCACCCCUCCUCCUUUUACCCUUACUUAUAUCUAAAUACAUAUUUUAUUGGUCUUUUUCUGGA